AAAGUCAUUCAGAGUUUCAAAAUCUUACCCUUCAAGUGUGGGCGUAUAUGCAGAGAGUUAAUACCUUCAUGUCCUUUCAAGCCAAGCCAAAUAACACCCACAAAUCCGUACUUAUAUAUUAAUAACCCAUUGUCUUUCUCCUGAUUUAUGUAUCCAAAAACCUUUAAUCUAGCAUUAAAGAAGCAAAUACACGGUAUCGUAGAAUCAUGAGCAAGUUAACAUUUCUUUGCUUUCUUAUGUUGCUAGUGGUACCCCCUAGGAGUGCAGAUGAAGCUUAUCCUGACAGGUUUGAUAUUUUAUCAACUGUCGAGGAUUCGGACAAACAAGAAGGAGAUUACGAUGAAUUUGAGCUCUUAGACUCACCGUACUGGAAAAGUGGUCGUGGGAACAAGGUUCUUGUAAAUGUGGAUGCAUUUGGUGCAGUUGGAGAUGGAGUGUCUGAUGAUACUCAGGCCUUUGUAAAUGCAUGGAAAGAAGCUUGUUCCACACGAAAAUCAGUUCUAUUGGUCCCUGAAGAACGUAGGUACCUAGUAAAUGCUACAAGAUUUAAAGGGCCUUGUGCUGACAAGAUUAUAGUCCAGAUUGAUGGAACUAUUGUAGCGCCGGAUGAUCCCAAAAAUUGGGAUCCCAAGAACCCACGAAUUUGGCUUGGUUUUUACAAUUUAAACAGGGCUGUUUUCCAAGGAAACGGGGUUAUUGAUGGCUCAGGAAGCAAAUGGUGGGCAGCUUCUUGCAAAAGGAACAAGUCCAAUCCAUGCAAAGAAGCACCAACGGCUUUAACUAUAAGUUCUAGCUCAGCUGUAAGAGUGAAAGGCCUCACAAUUCAAAACAGCCAACAAAUGCACUUUGUGAUUACCCGUUCUGAUUCAGUUCGCGUGACUGGUGUAAAAGUUUCAGCUCCCGGGGACAGUCCCAAUACUGAUGGAAUUCAUAUUACUGAAUCAACGAAUGUAGUUCUUCAAAACUGCAAAAUUGGAACAGGUGAUGAUUGUAUCUCGAUUGUCAACGGUAGCUCAACUAUCAAGAUGAACAAUAUAUAUUGUGGGCCUGGUCAUGGAAUCAGCAUAGGCAGUCUUGGGAAGAAAAACUCCACAGGUAUAGUUGAGAUGAUUGACCUGGAUACUGCUUUCCUUCGAGGCACAACAAAUGGCCUUAGGAUCAAGACUUGGCAGGGAGGUUCCGGUUAUGUAAGAUCGGUGCGCUAUCAAAAUGUGAGGAUGGAGGACGUCUCCAAUCCCAUUAUCAUCGACCAAUUCUAUUGUGAUUCACCAAAGAAUUGUAAAAAUCAGACUUCAGCCGUUGCAAUAAGCCAAAUCAUGUACCUGAACAUAAGUGGGACUUCUAGAAGCCAAAAGGCCAUCAAAUUUGCAUGCAGUGACACAGUUCCCUGCACAGACAUCAUUCUCGACAAUAUCGACAUACAGAGCAAAGAUGGCACUGUAGAGACCUACUGCAACUCUGCUUCAGGCUUCUAUUUUGGAUAUGUUCAUCCUUCGGCAGAAUGUUUGUCGUCGUCUGAUAAGGAUUUGACGAUCUCACAGGCAAAAGAAGCCGAGGUCACCAAAAGCAGCAGAGAAUAUCUUGUCCAUACAGAACUUUGAGUCGACCUCAUUACAAUUUUUCUGAUACAUGAGCAUUAGAGUAUGAGACAGCAUGGCAUUUAUUGGAGCACAUCUGAACUCUCAGAUUCUGUUCUUGAAACUCUAGUAUAUGUCACUAUGUUGUAUGGUAGUCAAGAAGUAUAUGUGAUACAGCUUCCUUAGGAUACACAUUAAAAUAUUUUGAAGAACACCAAGGAAUUCCUUGUACAUUUCCCCAUAUAGAAUUGAAAAUUUGAAAUAGAAUGAGAAUGAUUUAAUGCAAAGUA